CCCGCAAUGGCCGGGGCGCAGGCCGAGCAGGCAGGGGGCGCGCCCCCGCUGGAGGCCGGCGAGCGGGAGGCGGAGGCUAAGCUCAUUCUGUACCACUGGACGCAUUCCUUCAGCUCCCAAAAGGUGCGCUUGGUAAUUGCUGAAAAGGCAUUGAAGUGCGAGCAACAUGAUGUAAGUCUGCCCCUGAGUGAGCACAAUGAGCCUUGGUUUAUGCGUUUGAACUCAACUGGAGAAGUGCCUGUCCUUAUCCACGGGGAAAACAUUAUUUGUGAGGCCACUCAGAUCAUUGAUUAUCUUGAACAGACUUUCCUGGAUGAAAAAACACCCAGGUUAAUGCCUGAUAAAGGAAGCAUGUACUACCCACGGGUACAACACUAUCGGGAACUGCUCGACUCCUUGCCAAUGGAUGCCUAUACCCAUGGCUGUAUUUUACACCCUGAGCUCACUGUGGACUCCAUGAUCCCAGCUUAUGCAACGACAAGGAUUCGCAGCCAGAUUGGUAACACAGAGUCUGAGCUGCAGAAACUCGCUGAAGAAAACCCAGAUUUACAGGAGGCCUACAUCGCAAAGCAGAAGAGGCUUAAAUCAAAGCUGCUUGACCAUGACAAUGUCAAAUAUUUGAAGAAAAUUCUUGAUGAGUUGGAGAAAGUCUUGGAUCAGGUUGAAACUGAGUUGCAAAGAAGAAAUGAAGAAACCCCAGAAGAGGGCCGCCAGCCCUGGCUCUGUGGAGAGUCCUUCACCCUGGCCGACGUCUCGCUCGCUGUCACCCUGCAUCGACUGAAGUUCCUGGGGUUUGCGAGGAGAAACUGGGGAAAUGGAAAGCGACCCAACUUGGAAACCUAUUAUGAGCGUGUCUUGAAGAGGAAAACAUUUAACAAAGUUUUAGGGCAUGUCAACAACAUAUUAAUCUCCGCGGUGCUGCCGACAGCUUUCCGGGUGGCCAAGAAGAGGGCCCCCAAAGUUCUUGGCACCACGCUUGUGGUUGGUUUGCUUGCAGGAGUGGGGUAUUUUGCUUUUAUGCUGUUCAGAAAGAGACUUGGAAGCAUGAUAUUAGCACUGAGACCCAGAGGAAAUUAUUUCUAGGCUUGCAGGGAUCCGGUGGUGGCAACUCACCCCAACAUUUUGCUCAACCAUGUCCAUGCUGCCAGGCCCGGGAUGAUGGAUGACACUGGGCAAGUAGCAAAAACCCUAUUUUAUUUUACUCUUUGGGUAGUUUAUGUGGGAGAGGUGGCAAUGACAUUUUUUGUGGGCUGGUAACAUUGAGAUUACUGAUUUGCAAACCUGAACUAAUCUAUCCUUAAAACACUCACAAGGUCAAGGUAUGUAAAUGCUGAUAGGUAGAGAAUAGUCCUUGAGCUCAAAAUGCCAGUUGAAGUUCUGAAUUUUUUUUGGAGGGGGAGGUUAUUAUUACAAGCAGAC